UGCAGCAGAGACCGACAAACCAGCAGAGCUGGGCAGCGCGUGCCCCGGAGCCGCGAGGAGAGAACAGCGAGCGUCGAGGAGCGUUCACGGAACCAGCGAUGAUGGACGGAGUGGGAUCUUUCGGGGCGGGCCGCGCCGGGACCACUAUCGACCCUAUUAGUUUCGCCAAACAGCCACAGACCAUCCUCAGAGCCUUAGCGUGGAUCUUCUCACUGGUGGUCUUCGCCUCCAUCGUAAACGAGGGCUACGUCAACAUAGGCAGCGAGCGUCUCUACUGCGUCUUCAACAAAAACGCAGACGCGUGCAACUACGGCGUGUUCGUGGGCCUGGUGGGCUUGUUGGCCUGCUCCUUCUUCAUGUUACUCGACUACAAAUUCUCUUCCAUCAGUUCCGUCAAAGACCGCAAGAAGGCCGUCAUGCUAGAGAUUGGCUUCUCAGGUUUCUGGGCCUUCUUGUACUUUGUAAGUUUCUGCUUCCUGGCCAACCAGUGGUCUCGGACAACGACUGAUGAACUGCCCCUCAACCAGGGCGCAGACGCAGCUCGGGCCGCAAUCGCCUUCUCUUUCUUCUCCAUCAUCACUUGGGCUGGUCUUACAGUGCGUGCCGUGCAGAAGUACCUGCUGGGCACUGACAUGACUCUGUUCACCUCAGAGCACCUGGAUGGCACAGCCCCCACCCAGCCGUGCCCCUCCAACUCACCAGGAGGAGGGGGCACCACCGAGUCCACAGAAACAUACCAAAAUCCUCCGUUCACAGAGAACAACGCGGCACCCACAUAUCAGGUUCCUAUUUACUAGAAAGGAUACUGAGAAAAAAGGUGAGGCGAGGGGGGUUGCUCAACACAAUUGCUCUCUGUCGUGGGCCACUCGCAAUCAACCUGGGCUGAAUUUUCAGUCGUGUGACAAACAAAUCUGCUGUUUUGUUUCCUCCUCUUGUUGUUUACGUAAACAUUCCAGCUUUAUCUGCACUUUUCUAGACUCACUUUCAUGCAGAUUAGGAUGUAGAAUAAAAAAACACAAAACAAGAGGAGGAACCAUAGAUGAUGAGGCCAUUUGCCAGUAUUCAUGCAAAAUAGGCUGUUAACUAAUAAGCAGUGUGACAAAAAGCACCUUCACCUGAAAUAUAAGCGAUUCCCUCUCACGCCAAACUUUUCAGUGGAUUUUUAAAAAUUGAUCCAAUUUCAAAUUUCUUUUCUCUCCUUUUGCUGCAGUUAAACAGUGCUAAUGUGUAUUGAAUCUGCAUGUUUCCAAAUGUAGAGAUAGCAACUCAAGUGCCAUACUGUACUGACAGUGACUUAACUGAGUAGAUUUACACAUGCUGAACAUCAUCCCCACAACAAUGUUUUUGUGACAAAGUGCAAUAUCUCACAUUCUCAUGCAGAAUUGCUGUGUACUAUAUACUGUACUGUGGCGUAGGUAGACUAAUUUGCGGUGAAUAUAGAAAGUGAAAACACAUCCUGAUCAAAUACCACUAACAUUUAGGGGGGGAAAUUAUGUAACGUCAUCCGUACAAAUACAAAAAAAAAUGUUGUACAUGUAGUUUUCAACAAAUUUUUUAAAUUAUUUUUUUUUUCUUUACGUUUUAUCAAGUGGUUAUAAAGGUUUUGCACAGCCCUGUUCAAAUGCCAGGUUUUUGUUUAUUUAUAAAAACAAGACACAAGUACAUUUGUUCUUCACAAAAACCAUUUGAACACUGGUUAACACGUUUACAACCACUGUAUGUUAAGUGCAAUAAAUUAAAACCACGAUAACAUGUUAUUUCUUUCAAGAGUUCAAUUAAAAACACAGUUUUUUUUUUCUUCAAAUGCUUUUUUUUAUAUUAUUGUUUUAUUUCUGGUUAUAUAAAUUCACAACCCUCAGAGUGAAAUAUUUCCUGAGUUCAAGUUUAAUUUUUAAUGUUAAUGAUAUAGAUCAGGGGUGUCCAAGCUUUUUUCUAUGAGGGCCACUGUCAGAAAAAUCAAAGGAUGGAAGGCCAACUUGAAAUUCUUCAACUUUUACGCCAACACGACAAUAUAUAUCAUCAUAGGGUUAGGGCAGUACUUCUCAAAUUGUGGGGUGAGCCCCCCCAGGGGAGCGCGGAGCGAUGCCGGGAGUGGCGCAUGUUACUUGCGGAACAACAUUUUUUGGCUGUACUAAAGUGUAAUUGCGAAUUGCACAUCCACUCAGUGGGUGGCAGAGGCGCUUUCAUUUUCACAAUGUGCGCAGUAUUUUUGAACCAAACAAGAGCACACAGCAAAGAGCACUGGACAUAUGAAGAGCUAAGACGAGGAAAUAUGAUGAAGCGUAUGUAGCAUUUGGCUUGGAAGUUUAAUAUAGUGGGAGACAAGGAAAAACCAGUCUGUUUACUGUAGAGCUAAAACGAAUACUGGAAUACUUCGCCUCAAGGAAUCGUUUAAUUUUGCCAGCUCUAAGCGUCACGUUUUGCCCGGACUGCUUUUGAUGUGGGACCACGCGCUGACGUCACGUGCGAAGAGGAAGAAGCAAAAAUACCUGAUUGCAGCUGCUACAAACUGUGCUAAUGUUGCUAAAAACUACGCCCGAAUGAUGCUACGGUGGUAGCAGGUAGCGUUUGAUGCCUCCCAUAGAUAUCACAUGUAUAUAGAACUAGAUGCGAAAUGACAGACUCGGCGGCAUUAGUAAACAGCCGCAAUCUUAAAGCAGUAGACUUCUCAACUCUAAUAAGUACUCCUGUCCCUUGCUCACGUAACGUUAGCCCUGCGGAGGGCUAGGUUUCUAUUGAUUAUGAGUACUGUCAAUGCGUGGCUAACGUUUCUUACAUACAGGCUUUAUUUAAUCUGUAAUCUUGCUCGUGAUCUUUUCUAAAACCAAUCAAACAAUGUCAUUAAAGUUAUGCUUUAUUGUAAGUUGAUCGAUAUUACUUUUUUUUCUUUGUAUAAAAAGGACACAAUAAUAUGUAGAGGUGUACUUAUAAUAAUAGGAAUUUAAUACACAUAUGAUACUGUUUACAGUGGUGGCAGAGAGUUGGGGGUGCAUGAAAAGUUUACGUCUUCCUUGGGGGGGCAGAAAAUAAUUGAGAAGCACUUGGUCAGGGAAAUUGUCAUAGGGAUAGCUAACCCUAAAUAUCAAGCCAUAUAUAUUUGUAUUAAAAUUAUGGGCAGAAAUUGUGUUAAAAUAUAUAUAUAUGGCGGAAAAUACUUAGGUGACCCCCAAUUUGUUCAAAUAUCAAAAUUGUUCGAUUUGCACAUGUGAUACGUUAUUGGAAAGCUUAAAAUGUCAAUUUUCUGAGGGAAGAAAAAUUUUGAACAGGAGGGCAUUUAAAAAAAAAAUUUUUUUUUCAAACAGAAAAACCCUAACUGGAGGUGAGAGCACACGAGAGCAGCAUUAAAGACACAAUGAUUUUAAUGAGAUAUUAUCGCGUACUUACCUUGUUUUGAUCCAAAAACUCCAUAUAGCAUGUAUCAUUGAGUGUCAAGACACAGAUGUGAAUGGCCACAGCUGGAUUUUUUUCAGGAUUUUAUGGGUAUCCGUGACUUUUUUACAGACGCCAAUUUUCUCAUUGUGACGUGAUUUGUUUAUAAACUUUAAAAUAUGUGAGUAAAUAAUUUUUUAAAGUCGUUUUUUUUUUUUUAAACGAAA